AUGAUAAACAUCUUAAUUAGAGGUUUACCUCCAGACACACAACGACACUUCCAUAACCUUCUUUCAACACACUCUGAUUCCGUUAUACCAACCCUAACACAACUUAGUGUGAUAUCAUCUUCUCGGAGUGUUCCUCUGUUAGGAAUAACUCAAUUUGUCCCGACAAAGCCAUUGACGUUGUCAUUGGGCACAUCUGUAUCUAAGGACGGGAACUUUCAAUUGAAUUCCUCAAUCUCUCUGAACAACUUUUUAUCAUGUGGUGUUCAAUGUAAAGCGGAAAUACUCUCCAAAUAUAAGAAUGGGAAAUUAAGUCCACCACAACCCAUGAUAUCAGUGACAUUACCAUUUUCUAAGAGCGACGGCUUACACUCCUUCAAUUUCAUGUCAUCCUUUGAUAAAGUGAAGGAAGAGUCGCCUUUCAAACAUAUCGAGAACACUUCGGACGUGUCGUUGGAGUAUACAGCACCGAAGUAUUCAGUCGGGUUCUCCCAGAAAGUCCAUUCGACGAAAUCGAAGCCGGACGCGUCGCUUUUGGGGAUCCCCAUUGAAUUGACAAACUCCAAGAAUGUUGUUUCAAACGAAGUUUAUAUGAGAAAUGAAUAUAUAAAGAAGACUAAAUAUGGGGAGUGGACGAACACCUUUUACAAUGUGUUUGGUGUUGAAGAUAAAAGUGUGUAUUGGAAGCCACAACUCUCUUCUGUGUUUAAGACAAUCACUCUUGCCAAUUGUUGGAUGACGAGCAGACUGUAUUUUGGGUGUUUAGUAGCACAGUCAAAUUUAUCAAUGUCAGAGUAUUACUACUUGGGAUCAAAGGAAUUGAGAGGGUUUAGACGUCGUGGAUGUGUUGGAGAAUGUACAGAUCCACAUUUGGGUGGGGACGUUGUUGGGACGUUUCAUCAGUUCGUCCAUCGACAAUUACCAUUUGGAGGGAAUAGUUCGAUUUUUGGAUUCUUCAAUUGUGGGUUCUUGUCAUUCAAAAAAAUCAAAGGAGAGAAAAAGGUUGAUUGUAUUAACUCGGUGUGCGGGGUGGGAAUCUCUUUGAACGGAAUGGACUUUAGCUUAAUCAAACACUUGAAGUCGGGUAAGAACGAUGAGAAGUGUAUGUUCCAAGUCACCACCUCUUUUUAA